AUGCGCUUCAUUCGACUGACUGAGCAUGAUGUAGAUGAUGUCAUGAAGUUCAUUCUUGCCGACAUCGAAGCUGCUAAACCACUUAUGAAAUCACUGGCGCUCGAAAGGGACGACGCACGGUUAUUUUUCGAAGAUUUAUUGAACGAAGCAGUUAAUAGUGGUGUCUCGUUUAUUGUCAGGACAGAUGAUCACGAAAUUGUGGCCGCACGGCUGAGCACAUUCCGAACUCGUGAAGAAGCAUUUAGAGACGCUAGGCAUAUUCCUUAUCAUAACCUCACAACGAGACUUGAGCGAGCCAAAUCUGUCCUAUGGCAUUUAAAUCAGCAGUUCUGGAAUGAGGCUUCUCCUGACAUCAACAAAGUGUACUAUCUAAUGGCCGUGGUUGUAGAUCCACAUUAUCGAUACACAGAUAUGGUUGAUAAGUUGGUACAUUAUAAUAUGGAUGAGCUACGAACAGUGGAUGCGCAUGGUCUAUUGGCAAAUGCGGCUAUUUUUCACAAUGAAAUGCUACUUCACAGACUUGGCUACCGUGUAGUGGCUGAAACGAAUAGCUCUCCAAACACUUCAGAAGGACAAUUACAUCGACAUGACGAUGGCGUCAAAAAGGCACAACUUGUCUUCAAAGAGAUGUGGCGAGAUGAAAAUUUAGAAACACAUAUCGUCAUUUGA